GAAAGGCUAUAGAUUGGAGAUGUCAUGGGUGAUGGGUUUGAUAGUAACGGCUCAAAUCUAGUGGAUGACUUCACCUAAUGCAAACAAACCUCUCUAUAAAAAGUUUUCAAAUUUGUAUUAUCAAAAAAAGUUUCCAAAUUCGUAACCUUUUCAUACGUUUACCAGUCAAACUCGGUUGCGGAAAUUUCCCUCGGCAAAAACCUCAACAAACCAAAAGUUUAUAGAAUGACUCUUUUACCCUUACUCAUUCUUUUCUUCUUCCUCACCUCAAUACCCGUAUCUGUCUUUUCCCAAAUCAACGACCGGUCAACGCUUCUAAACCUGAAACGCGUUCUCGGCGACCCACCCUCUCUCCGGCUAUGGAACGACACAUCUUCACCGUGCAACUGGCCGGAGAUUACUUGCACAGCCGGAAACGUCACCGAGAUAAACUUCCAGAACCAGAACUUCACCGGGACAGUUCCGACGACGAUUUGCGAUUUCCCGAAGCUCAAAUCCCUAAAUUUGUCGUUUAAUUACUUCUCCGGCGAGUUUCCGACGAUUCUUUACAACUGCACGAAGCUUCAGUACCUCGAUCUCUCUCAGAACUACUUCAACGGCUCGCUCCCCGACGACAUCAACCGUCUCUCACCGGAACUUAAGUAUCUCGAUCUCGCGGCUAACUCCUUCGCCGGAGAUAUCCCAAAAAACAUCGGACGGAUCUCGAAGCUCAAGGUAUUGAAUCUGUACCAGAGCGAAUACGACGGCACGUUUCCGACGGAGAUCGGAGACUUGUCCCACCUGGAAGAGCUUCGGUUAGCGUUGAACGAUAAGUUUACUCCGGCAAAGCUUCCGACGACGUUUGGGAAACUGAAGAAACUCAAGUACAUGUGGCUAACGGCGAUGAAUCUGAUGGGGGAAAUCUCAGCCGUUGAUUUCGAAAACAUGACCGAUCUAAUCUACGUUGACUUAUCGGUCAACAAUUUAACGGGUCGGAUCCCAGAUGGUUUAUUCGGGUUGAAGAAUCUCGCUGAGCUUUAUCUCCACGAUAAUUAUCUAACCGGAGAGAUCCCCAAAUCUAUCUCGGCGGAUAACUUGGUAAUGCUUGAUCUCUCUACUAAUAAUUUAACCGGUUCGAUUCCUGUAUCAAUCGGGAAUCUAAAGAAAUUAGAGGUUUUGAACUUGUUUUACAACAAGUUAACCGGAGAAAUCCCGCCGGUUAUCGGUAAAUUACCGGAAUUAAAGAACUUGAUGAUCUUCAGGAACAAGUUAACCGGAGAAAUACCGGCGGAUAUUGGGUUUAAUUCGAAGCUAGAGCGGUUCGAAGUUUCGGAGAAUCAGUUAACCGGGAAGUUACCGAAGAAUUUGUGUAAAGGAGGUAAGCUUCUAGGUGUGGUUGUGUAUACGAACAAUCUUACCGGAGAAAUCCCGAAGUCGCUCGGAGAUUGUGGGACGCUCUUAUCGGUUCAGUUACAGAAUAAUGGCUUCUCCGGCUCGAUUACUGUAUUAAACAACCUUUGCAACCUUUACUCAAUAGACAUUUCCAACAACAAAUUCACAAGUCAAGUUCCUGGCUGGUUAUGGAUGCUACCAAAUCUGACGUACGUGAAUCUUUCCAACAACACUUUCACCGGUUUCGAAAGAUUAACGAAAUCAAUUUUUCAGUCAUCUAUGAGUAACUUGUUUGGCUCCAACAACAAUUUCACCGGAUGGAUUCCAUCUUUCUUAUGUGCGUUGCGCUCUCUAGUCAUUCUUGAUCUAUCUACCAACAAAUUUAAUGGUUCAAUCCCUCGUUGCGUGGGAAAUUUCAGUACACUUAAAGUUCUAAAUCUUAGAAAGAAUCAUCUUAGUGGAGGUGUUCCAGAGAAUAUAUCUGCAAGUGUAACAUCGCUUGACAUUGGUCAUAACCAAUUGGAGGGAAAGCUUCCAAAAUCAUUGGUCCGUGUCUCUUCUCUUGAAGUUCUCAAUGUGGAGAGCAACAAAAUCAAUGACACAUUUCCUUUUUGGUUGGCUUCUCUUAAAGAACUACAAGUUCUUGUCCUUCGCUCCAAUGCAUUCCAUGGAUCGAUACAUCAAACCGGGUUUUCUAAGUUGCGAAUCAUCGACAUAUCCCGUAAUCACUUCAAUGCAACUUUGCCACUAGAUUUUUUUGUCAAUUGGACUGCAAUGUUCUCACUUGGAAAUACUGGAGAUCAGUACAUGGGCACAAACUAUUACAGUGAUUCAAUAGUUGUGAUGAAUAAAGGCAUAGAAAUGGAGAUGGUACGUAUCCUAACAAUCUUUACUGCAAUUGACUUUUCUGGCAACAAAUUUGAAGGAGAGAUUCCAAGGUCUAUUGGUCUACUAAAAGAGCUUCAUGUUCUUAACUUGUCAAACAAUGGUUUCACUGGCCACAUCCCAUCAUCAAUGGCAAACCUGAGAGAGCUGGAAUCACUAGAUGUUUCUCAAAAUAAGCUUUCAGGAGAAAUUCCACAAGAGCUAGGGAACCUCUCAUACCUUGCGUACAUGAACUUCUCUCAUAACCAAUUUGCAGGUCUAGUACCAGGGGGCACUCAGUUUCAAACACAACCUUGCUCAUCUUUCGCGAACAACCCGGGACUCGUUGGCCUUUCACUUAAAAUAGUUUGUGUAGAAAUCCACGAGAAAACAUCGCAACAAUACGAAAUGCCAGAGCCUGGAGAAGAUGAAGAAGAGGUGAUAAAUUGGACAGCAGCCGCAGUUGGACUCAUACCUGGUAUUGCCUUUGGAUUGACGAUGGGAUAUAUUACUGGUUUCUUAUAAACCAGAGUUGUUCAUGAACCCAUAAGCACAGAGCACCACAACUCAUUAGAGUCCGAGCGAUAAUGUGUUGAGGCUAUAUUUAAUAAAUAAUAUAGUCUGAAUUUAUAAAAACUGUAUAUUAAUGUAUCAAUUUAGUUGACCAAAAAAAAUGUAUCGAUUUCAGUUCCAAUCUUAGACACUUAAAAUCGAUAUUAUUAGUGAAAUCGCUCAUAUUACUAUUUUACUAUUUUUGUUCUUUCACUCUACACUCUUUAUGAAAUCAGGACUAGUAAUUUAUUGAUUUGUAAUUUGUGUUUUUUCUUU